UCCUCAUCCUCUCCGACUGGAGUCCGGCGUCCCAGAGUGUCACCACGUGGUUGUGAUCAAUAACGUAAAUUAAUGAAAAAGCAGUAAUAAUUGGACUAACCGGAGGGGAAAAGAGGAGCAGCUGCUCACACCACCAUCACCAUCACCAUCAGCAGCAGCAGCAGCAGCAGCAAUCACAUCAUCCACCAUGGAUAGCCUUCGGGGGUCAAUGUCCAGCGACAAGGGCUCACUCCAAAGAGGGUCAUUCGACUCCAUUCGUGCACCUUCAUUUCCAUCUUCGCCUCAUCAAUUAUUUCAUGGCUCUCCACCGCCGUUUAAUCCAAUAGCCGACUCACUCCCAAGGAGAGACAGUAAUGACAAUCGAAAACGAUCUAGACUGAGUUUCGAUGGUACAUCGAGUGAUGACAGUCGACCUCCGAAAUCUUCUUCUGGUCCUCCGAAUUCGUCAACUUGGAAUGAUGGCAGGAGACAAUCUAAUUCCCGGGCCAACGGAUCUUCAGGAUUGACCAGCUGCGAAGCUUGUCGAAAGGGAAAGCGACGAUGUGAACCAUCGCCAUUGGUGCCUCCCGAUCAUCCCGAUAUUGCCAACUUACCAUGCGCGAGAUGCCGCCGGUUCGCACUCGAGUGCAUUCGGGUCAAAGUGACACGCCGAAAGGGCCCGGCUCCUGUGGACUUGAGUGCUAUUUCAGAUGCUGUCCAUGGCUUUCCGAACGGUGAACCUACACCAGUUCCCAACCCCAGGCCUCCUGCUGCCAGUGCUCCGGAUAUCGCUCCUACCGUUCCCAAUCUCCCCGUCGUACCUACUGUUCCUGACGCUGCCGAGGCUGCCUUCCCACCAUCUUCCAUCGAUUUCACAUCACCCUCAUAUCCGAUACUCGCGGUCUCGCCAUCGCUCAGUACCUCCACCUUGCCGGAAAACUUGGAUCAGGUAGCCGCUCCCCAUGUGAUUGAUCAUAUCAUCGGGCUGUUUUUCAAUUAUGUAUAUCCUCUCACUCCCUGUUUACAUCGACCGACCUUCCUUCACAAUCUUGCCCUCCGACUCGACAAGACGGAUACGAUAUUUUUUGCCCUCACCCUGACGAUAAUCGCUUCUACAUUGGUCCAGAUACCCAGAAGCCUUGUCAAUCUAGACAAGAGUGAAGUCGAGUCACUAGCUAGACGAUGCGUCAAAGUGGCGAGGGUCAAGAUAUCCUAUAUCUUUGACGAUCCUGGACCCGUUCUCAGUACAUACGUGGUCAUCUGCUAUCUUGAGGGUAUCGUGCACCUCCUCCUCGGUAACAACACCGCACACGUUAUCUGCACGGCCCAGGCGAACCAACUGGCGCUUGCGUUGAGACUCAACGAGGAAUCUAGCUAUGAGUCUUUGGAUCCUAUCGAGUGUGAGAUGCGAAGACGCAUCUACUGGCUUCUCUUCCAGGCCGAUAAAAGUACCGCCUGUCUUCGCGCGCGGACAAUAUGCUUGAGGCUGGAGGAUGCAGCCAACCUGAUGCUACCGUCCGAGGUCGACGACGAACAGAUCACGCCAGCUGGCAUCCUCCCGCAACCUUUCGGUAAGACGCCGCUCAUCACCGGAUUCAACAUAGCCACAAAUCUCUUUCGGAUACUAAAUGAUGCUCUCUUAUUACAAAGGCGCAAGGCGCCACCUACGGUCGAUAGCAUCUUGGCUGAUUUGUCCAAUGUCAACGAGCUCAGAGAAAAAGUCAUUCAGACCGCCUUGGAUGUCGCUCCCCCGCUCAAGCUACGAAGCAAGAAUAUAUCUUUUGAGACUAGUCCGGAUCACGACUGGGAGACCGAACUUCAUGAACGUGUUCUCGACUUUUUCCAGGAUCCCGGCGAGACACCCCAUGCACUGAAUAGCUUCACAGUAAUGCAGGGAAACAUCCUCGUCACUCAACAUCUUGUUCGGCUGGUCCUGCUUCAAACGCGAGAGUCUCUGUUUCAGCAGCUCGCAUUGCUCACGCAAAUGCCAAUGACUGGUGUUGGGGGACUCGCAGGUCUGCAAAUGGCGGAGGCGGCCGAGGAUAUCGCCCGAGAAUUAUUGGAUGGACUCAAUAGUCUGCCGGUUGAGAGCGUUGCCAUCAAUGGACCUUCUCUGGUGCAGAAAGUCCGCUUUGUUGCCAUUCAACUCAUGGAGUGCUCCGUAUCUCCUUCACCGACCACGGCCAGAGCUCAAAAGCUUCUCAUGCAAUUUCUCAGUGUACUUGGUGUCAUUGAGGGCAUGUACACGUUCGGCAGGGACAUUUCUGCAGAGUAAUCUACAUAAGCCAUGUAUAAUAACAAUGAUGCUCGGUA